UUGCAGAGACAACCAAACCUAUCUGCCAUAUCUCCUCGGUAUGAACAACUGCGAAAACUAGCAGUGUUCCUCCUGCUCGACAAUGGUUCUCUUCUCUCUCUCUCCUUCUCUCUCCACAGCUAACCACCCUUUUCUUACGCACCACCUUUGCUUCAGAAACCAGGCCCGAGCUACGCCAGACCACAAGAAAUGUAGAAAACAUGAGAAAUUCCAAAUUUGUGCAUGUGCUGCUUCAAAACCCACUUUGGAAAAUGAAUUUUGCAGACGGGACUUGGUGCUCUUCGGCCUCUCUUCUUCAUUAUCUGUAGUUUUCCCAUCUUCAGCCUCUCUUGCAGGUUCUCUUGCGGAGGAAGAGUUGAAAAUGGCUUCACUGAUUGAUGAUAUAAAUGCUUAUUCUUAUUUGUACCCAGUGGAGUUGCCAUCUAAGAAGUUCAUCUUCAAAUGGGUGGAAUCUAGGAAGCCAGAACGCUAUUCCUCGGCUGCACCGCUGUCUCCUGAUGCACGCCUGCGCAUUGUCUCAGAACGUGUUGACAUAAUUGAUAACCUCAUCAUAUCUGUCUCGAUAGGUCCCCCAAAUUCUCAGUUUAUAAAAGCAAAAGACAAGAGGACAUGGACUGCAAAAGAUGUUGCUGACUCGGUUUUGUCUGACAAGUCUGCUUUGCGAGUCACCUCAAGUCAGCGCAUGGCUGAGAGUUCAGUUCUGGAUGCACAUUCUAGUGAAAUUGAGGGGGAGCCAUACUGGUACUUUGAGUACCUUGUUCGCAAAUCACCUACAAAAACUGCUCAAGAACCAAACCUGUAUCGACAUUAUGUUGCUUCAACAGCUGAACGAGAUGGUUACUUGUACACUCUAAAUGCUUCAACCCUUGGCAAGCAGUGGAACAAGAUGGGGCCUUUCUUGGAGAAAACUGUGGCAUCUUUUCGCCUGAAUCCUCCCACAGAAAAUUAUGUACCUCCAUAUAAGGACCCAUGGAGAUUUUGGUGAAAAAUUCUAAUCUUGUUUGAAACAGACUUUUGAUCAUUGAAAUUUAGAUUGCAAUCAUUCCACAUCAGCGUCUUGCUAGUCACGUGUACUGUUAAAGUCUCAACAGCUCAAAAUGGAUCAAACACAAGGAAUAUGAUAAUAACCCAAAUGAUUGCCCAGAUCGAUGCAUAAAAAGGUGAUAUGGUUAUUCAAACAACAGAUCGAUGAAUAAAAAGUCGAUUAUGAUUGCCUUCAACUUCAAAAGACGGUAUCGAGGCAAUUGAGUUUUAAUAGAGAGAGAGACGCUGGCCGGUGUGGACUGUCUGUCACGAAUUGCCAGGAGCUUUUAGUGUAGAGAAAUGAUAGUGUUAGUAAGUACU